AUGACCACCGAACAGAGAACGGAAGCGAUACUCUUCUGGCUUAACAAAUUUGGAGAUCAACCAGGGCUUAACUUACGACCAUGCACACAACUGAUAACUGUCUGGUGUUCACAUCUUCCUAGUAUCACUCAUUUCUGCUUGACAGGAAAAUUGGUUCGGAGAACAGCUUUCUCACCCAAAGAUGCCUACAAGGAAGCCAAAGAAAUGCUUGGUAAAGCAUUCAACGUGAGAAAGACGCACAAGCAUCUUGUUAAACAGUUGAGCUCGUCACAAGCUGCGAAUGGAGAUGAAAAAGAAAUCUAUAAGUUUCUCGUACUAAUCACUUUCAAUAUUGCCAUUUGUCACGAAGACAUGAUUUGUAAGUUCCGACAUGAUCUCCGAAACAAAGGCUUAGAGGAUAUUCUGGGGAGAACGCUCCAACAAUGUUGUGACAAUAUUCUUGGCGAUUCUUGGUUCAGUGUCGAGAUGACACCCAUCCUUCAGCGAAAAAACCUUAGUGCCAGGAAGACACGAGAAGAAGUUUACACGAACGUUUCUUCCUCUUGCGAUCUUAACAACACUCUCAGUUCUCCCUCCUUCCAAAAGCUAAGGCAGAAGAACAUUGUCAUUGAAAAGCUGGAGCAAGAGAACAAUGUCCUCCGAAAUCAAUGCGAGAACAAUGUGAAGAAGGUAAAUAGUUACAAAGAGUAUUUGGAAGAGGCUGAGCAACAGAAAGAGAAUGUGUCCUCAGAGUUACGCAGCCGCAUCAACGAGCUGAAUUCGGAUGAAAAGAGACUACGAAUGGAGAACAAGAUUCUCUUGAGAGAAAAGUCUUGUCUUGAGUAUGAUAUCAGUACAAAAGAACAGGCGAUUCUAGACAUGUCAAGAGAAUUGAAAGAGUUGAAAUCUAGCCUGAACGAAUCGAAGGAUGAGGUACAACGCUUCCAGCAAAUCAACAGCAAGCUGCGAGAAUCAUCAGACAGUAUGGAAAUGACAAUGAAAUCUAUGAGGAAGCAAUUGGAUGAAGCUCGUGAUACGGUUCUCAGCCAACAAAUAUUUUGA